GCCACAGGUUAUUUUUGAGGUGCAGUCGGGAUUUGGCUAGUUGUGACUUUGGGCAAUGAGUCUGUUUCCUCCUCCAAAUAUGGGGGCGUCUAAAGGAAUGCUGUUUAUGCAUUCCAACAUACUUUAUAACUUUCAUUGCAACAUUUCCCUAGCCUUCCUGAAGUUGCCAGCUGGAGUUUGGAAUAACCAUAAGAAGGGGGAAUAUAUGCCUGCAUGUGUGUCACGUUUUAGGAAGGAUAAUUCAAGAAAUGUAGGGGCCAGGGAGGGCAGCAGACUUACAUAAGGGGACAGAAUGAAAGUGGUAUUUGAAGUUUUAAUCAUGUCCGUAGAUUACUGUUCCAAUUCUUUAAAGGCUCACACCUGGUUAAUUAUGAAUGUCAGAGACCUCCUGGGUCCUCACAGAUGGGGAGCUCCAUACAGGUGGAUACGGGGUCUCCUUGACUAAGUCCCAGGGCCUAGAACACCAUCUGCACACCGAGGGUGCUGAGUGAAUAUUUGUUGAAUGAGGAAUGGAAGCCCGACUAGGGAGCAGUUUGGAAAAUGGUAACAACUCCAUAAGAUUAAUACCAUACAGCCACUGAAAGGAUAAUUAUGAAUAAGUAGAAACAUUACAUUUUUAAUAAAUGAAAUGAAUGAACAAAUGGAAUUGCAAUAAUGGCAUACAUUUACAUAUUGCCUGCAAAUGAAUAAAGAUGAAGUCAUACCAAAAAAAAAAUGGGGAAAAUCAAACAUUGGUCCCAGAUAGUCCUGAAUAUUUUAGAAGGGCCUCAACUGAGCAUUCAAAAUGGGGUUUAAAAAAAUGAAGAAAACUAAAAUAACUUAAAGGAGAGGUCAAAUGUAAGGUCACCUGAUUGGACCUAUAUAAUUAGACUUGCUCUGGCUUAUCAAGAAUCAGAGAGGGUACCACCAGGGUAUUCUCAAGACGUGCAUUUCUAGCUAACAUGAGUUUUCUGUUGUCAUUUUGCUUCUCUGUGAGGAUAUUUAAAAUGGCUGCUGCUCCUCAAGCACCCGGGAGAGGAUCUGUUCGGAAGACGAGACCUUUGAUUGUAAAGACAUCACUGAAUAAUCCGUACACUAUCUGUUGGAGCCCUCUAGAGAGAGAGGAUAUGCACUUCAUAUUGCAGACGCUUGAGGACAGGUUUAAGUCCAUCGGACUUCAGAAGAUUGAAGAUAAGAAGAAAAAGAAAAAAACACCCUUUUCAAAAAAAGAAAGUAGAGCAAAAGGCAUCACAGAUGUUGAUGUCAGUGAGGAUAUGAAGGAGAAGAAAGGAGAUGCUGGCCAGCAGGUAUCAGGGUGGACACCCGUGCAUGUCCGGAAGCAGCUUGCCAUUGGCGUUAACGAAGUCACCAGAGCCCUGGAGAGGAGUGAACUGCUUUUAGUUCUAGUGUGCAAGUCGGUCAAGCCUGCUGUGAUCACCUCGCACCUGAUCCAGUUAAGCUUGAGCAGAACCGUACCUGCUUGUCAGGUUCCUCGGCUCAGUGAGAGGAUCGCCCCUGUCAUGGGCUUGAAAUGCAUUCUGGCCUUGGGGUUCAGAAAGGACACCACUGACUUUGUGGACGAAGUAAGAGCCAUCAUUCCUAGGGUGCCCAGUUUAAGUGUACCAUGGCUUCAAGACAGAACUGAGGAUGUCAUGGAAAAUCUAGAGAAUGAGUCUUUGGAAAGCCAAGACAAAGAGGUUCUGGACACUUCAUCUGAAGACCUCUCGAAACAUAAGAGGAAGCUUACUGAGGGUCAGCAGGCUUCCACCAUAAUAUUACAACCCCUCAAAAUAAAGAAACUGGUUCCAAACCCUAAUAAGAUAAGGAAACCACCUAAAAGUAAAAAAACUACUUCAAAGUAAUCUUGCAUAAACUUGUCAUUUCAUAGUUUGUAAAAGGACACUUUUUAAAGAAGGCUUGAAACUAAUAAAAGGAUUUCUAUUUACAUGUA